GGAGGAGGAGGCGGCGGAGGAGGGAGGGGAAGUAACGACGUAGUAGCGAGUCAGUCAGGGAACCAAAGUUUCCAGCGACUCAGCCAUCACGGUCUCAAACUUUUCUGAAAUGCACUCCUCACGCGGCAGCUGCGAAGGGGAUUUAAGCGGCGAUAGGAGGCCGUGAGCUCGGGUGUACUUUCUGCAGGGGCUCGGUCCGACCCGGAGAGUCUGAAUAUGGGUCAGACUGCUGUGUUAGCCGUGUCUCAGCCUGCGAGCGUUGAUGGGUUGGAGAAAUCCUCAUCCCUGGCCAGCUGUGACGUGGUGGUUGACAGCGCCGCAAAUACCCAGAAUGCCCCUACAUCCCGGCAGCAGCGAGGCAAGCUGUCGUCAAUAGGACAACUUUUCAAACCCUGGAAGUGGAGAAAGAAGAAGACAAGCGACAAGUUCCAGGAUCUUUCCAAAGUUCUAGAGAGAAAAAUCUCCACCAGACAAACGAGGGAGGAGCUCAUCAAGAAAGGAGUUCUGAUUAUUGACCAAGAGGAACCAAUCAGCAGUGAAAAUCAGAAUGGCCAUGCCACAUCAAGUGUGACAUCAGAAGAGGUCAAAGUUGACAUUGAGUCUCCAGAAACGGCGCCAGAGGAGCAGGCCAGCAGGCCCGCCAGCACUGAAAACAAAACAGACAAAUCCACCCAGCCAAAGACAAAGACAGGAUCCACGACAAAAACCGCCCCCGCCACCACCCCUCGUUCUCGUGCGUCCAAAGACGGUGGAUCAGAAACUGGGGGGACCAGUGCAAGGACCAUCCGGAAAUCAAACAGCUCUUCCUCCGUACCUCAAAAGGCCCCCGCAGAGACUCCUAGCACCCCCGGGCAGUUAAAAAGCUCGUCCUUUUCCUCAGAAACCAAGCAUGCCUCCUCUAAAGCCUCAGGCAGUAACACAGAGGGAUCUCACGCUGCCUCUCAACCGGCUGGAGAGCCUAAAUCUGUUCCCAAAUGCUCCACUGCUGGUGAGGAGACACAAAAGGGUGUGGCCUCUGAGUCCACUGCCCAGUCUCCCCAUAUCAACGGUGCCACAGAGGACACUUCGUUCACUGACGGAGAGAUGGGCAACAACUUACAAGGGGAGAAACGGGGGAGAACAGGAGGGGAGGGAGGAGAGGAAGAAAAGAAGACAGGAGAAACCGAGUUUGCAGUGGAGAACAGCCCCAGGUCUGCAGAGGGCCAGUCAGAAAGGACACAGGGCCUCACUGUGAACACAGAGAAAGCCGAAGUGACGGUGAUCCCCGAUAGGCCGAGAUACAGCACAACUAGCGACUCUGACUCUGAUGGACCAAUCCUGUACCGCGAUGAGGAGGAAGAUGAGGAGGAAGACGAGUACACAACCAGCCCCUUGGCCAUUAAGAUCCGCCGACGAGACACCCUGAACAUCAAGCUCGGGAACAGACCCAGCCAGAGAGAGCUGGAGGAGAAAAACAUUCUGCCGCGGAGCUCUGAGAUGGAGAGAAGUGAGUUCCGCCAGAUGAUUGGCUCCAAACUAGUCAGGCGCCUGAGCCAAAGACCCAGCACAGACGAGCUGGAGCAGAGAAACAUCCUCAAGCAAAAAAAUGAAUCUGAGGAGCAAGAAGCCAGGCAAGAGAUUAAAAGGAGACUCUCCAGAAAGCUGAGUGUGAGGCCUACAGUCGCAGAGCUCGUGGCCCGCAGGAUCCUUCGUUUCAACGAGUAUGUGGAGGUAACGGACGCCAAGGAUUAUGACCGGCGGGCGGACAAACCCUGGACCCGGCUUACUCCCUCCGACAAGGCUGCUAUCCGUAAGGAGCUGAACGAGUUUAAGAGCCGUGAGAUGGCGGUUCAUGAAGACAGCAAACAGUUCACCAGAUUCCAUCGGCCCUAAGUGCUCUCUCUGCCAGUUGGACGUCAGCAGCACAAGCUCUCGUGCACGGCUCCCUGCAGGACAGCUCACUCUGCUUGGGGACCCUCGUGCACCUGAUGUUAUGUACUUCUGUCUUUAGUGACGGCUACAGGUGUGUCUUAAGGCCUCGGCCAUCAUGGACACCAGUGAAACAUUUGUACAUAUCUACAGUCAGCAGACCAGUAGUGUGUAUAGCGCUCCGAUUAGAUUAUUUAUUGUAGAUAGCAAAAACCUGCUAGUAUGUUUGUUUUUGGUUCACUUCAGGAUUUGUCUUGAGAAGUCCUAAGGGUUGAAAUGAUAACCCUCUUAGCAGUGAAUGUGGCUUAAUUGUACUCAAUGGUUUGUGUAUUGGCCGAGGUAUGCCUUGUCAUAAAGCUGCCAAAUGUCCAUAUAAGGACAUCCUCACAGAGCAGGAAACGGCAGUGAUUGGGUGUGUGUGUGCUGAUGUCAGUGCCUAUGUCAUAGAUCAGAGGGAAGGAGAGGGCCUCUUGGCGCUGUAUCUGAAAUACUGCAGUUCAAUUCAUAGACAUAUUUAAAGUAUAUGGCCACUAGAGGGCAUUAUAUCAUAAGAGUUAUAGACUGUGAGGAUGAAGAUGUGUAUAUAGAUAAAGAAUAAUCUGCGAGUGUUAUAUUUAUAAUGGCUAAAGAUGACGGGUUGCUCGGCACCUGAGGCCCUCACAGUGAAGUGCAAUGGAAAUGACUCCAGCUCUGGCCAAUGGUAAUCCCUCAGCAGUCCUCCUGAUGAUACACACUGAUCAUGUACCAUCAUAUUUAUUGUGUUGAGUAUUUUAGUGCCUGGUCACAAAGUGCUCGACUUGCUGUUGGAUCCACUUUAAGCUUUGACUCCAGUUUUUCAUUUGUGGCUUUUAACUUGACCUCCAAAGAAAAAGCAGACAUUUUAAAUGUUGAUCUUCUUAUUUCAGUGAUUUCAUCUGGCAGAUUCCCUUUGAUGGUUUUAUGAAUAGAGGAACGAUGCUUUCACCUCUGAAGCAAAGAACAGUCCUCUCAAAGAAGUACUUUAUUUUCCAUUUCCUCGAACAUGCUUUUGCAUUUAAGCUGUCAGCCCGCGGUAGAUACGCAGGAGAUUUCCUCACAAGUGGUCCUUUUUCAAUCUUGUCCUUACAUGCACCUUGUAUCCAGCGCUGAAGAUGUGUUUGAUUCUAUUUCAAACCAGAACAUUUAAAGGUCCCAUGUCAUGGCCAUUUCUACUGAUCAUAUUUCCCAUUGUUGAGGUCUACUAGAAUAGAUUUAAAUUGUGCAAUUUUCCAAACUCACAUUGGUUUCU